CAACAGUCAACAUCAACAUCAUGCUCCCUCCUGUCUCCCACUGCACCCUCCACACUUCCCUGAUUGCAUCCUAGUCAUGUCCAUACUUCCCUUAUAUCCUCCCUUUACUUUCUUUGAUUCAGUCCGACUAUAGAAGAUCUAAUCUCAACACCCUGUGUGCGAUCCUACCAUCCUUUGAUAAAGCGCUGCAACACUUGCACGGCGUUUCCGGCUUCUGAAUUCGGGCUGCAUAUUUAUUAAGCCAACCUGUCGUCGCCAUGUCGACUCAACCCCACCCCCCUCCUCCAACUCCUAAGGGAGUUCGAAAUAAUCGACGUCAUUCGAAAAGAAACAUGACUCCUCAUGCGCCAAAGCAAUUGCUUUCAACUCCCCCGUCCUCGCCUCCUAGGGACACUAGCCCUGCGGACGCAUCUUACUACUGUUCCAACGGUGUCAACAUGUCCAAGAAGAAGAAUGUGCGAUCCGGCAAAAAGCCCCGAGAUGUCUCGAAUAAUGGGCACCGACAUACCUCUUCGCAGCCAAAUCUGGAUUCGCCUUCCCAUAUGAAGAACAGCCCCCAUUAUGCGGGGCCGACUUUCCACGCAUCACCAGCACCUUCCGCUCUCCCAAUUCCAAGUUUCUUUUCGAAGUCCGUUCCUGAAUCUGAUUCUGCACCGGUGUUGGAUAUGGACAGUGAUGUCUUAGAAGCGGGCCCUGACCUUGAAAAUACACCGUCUAAACCGAAACCGCGCAUUCCUUGCGUUGAUGGGCAGAAACCGACGCCACUGGAUUUUCUCUUCAAAGCUGCUCUUGAAGCUAGGAAUGGCAAAAUUCAAUAUGACUCUGAAACUGAAACCAGAAAUCAAUCUCCUGCUCCUAUAAGUUUUAGCACUCCUCUCUCUCAUCGCAAACCUGAGAGUCCAGCUGGCGGAAUCUUCCAGCUAGACAUGGAAAAUCCCGAUAUAUGCAGUCCGCCAACGAAUUACUCAAUUGCUAAUUCUUACAAACAUCGCAUGGAUUCCCUACGCUCUACCAGUCUUCCCUCUCGGCCAGUGGAGAACCUCGAUGAAAAUGAACGCAAAGCUAAAACGGAAGCUCUUAAGGACUUGCUUCUCAACCCUCGUCCACAGCGGCCAUCAUCCUCUGUAUCCCCAUUAGGUCGUCAUAAAGUUGAUGCGCUUAAUGGCGAUGUACGCCCGGUUUCGGAUUCCACUGUGCCUCAUUUCGUGACCCCUUUACGAGCUACCUCAGGCCCCGCAACAUCAAACUCCUAUCAGCGUUCUCAUGCACAGAAGAAUUUGAUAUCCGGCAAUUGUGCACAUUCUCCGUUUUUCCCCUCGCAGACUCGUAGUUCCGAACAGUUUCGGAACCAAGAUUACACUUUGAAACAGCAAGCUUCACCAUCAGGGCAUAAAAGUAUGGCAGGCAUCUCGGGAGGGACGUUCACCUCGCCACAUGUAGCGUACUGCCAACCCAACCCCAUUAACACCCCUGCGUUGCAACAGAUCUACGGGUCACCAGUGUCGCAGCAGUCGAAGUUGCCCCAAGGUAUACCGGUGAAUCCUCCGUCUUCCAACAAGUCUCUGGAUACUAAGAAAAUGGAGGAUGAUCUGCGGAGGAUUUUGAAACUGAAUGCUGCACCAGGUAUCCAUUCAAGCAGCAUUCAGAGCUCCUACGCUUGAUCUAGAAUUAUUGCGUGUUUCUCUUGUUCAUGUGCUUCUGCAUGUUAUUUUCCACACCAGAGUCAAUCUUUCUGGGACGUCUCCUUGUCCCUUCCGACUCUUUCUUCCUGACAGAUUGUCUCUUUGAUUUCGUUUUUUUCGCUCUUUAGGUUUCCAUAAUUGGAAUCUGGAGUCAGUGGCUGGCCUUUGCCUCCGUGAUAUAAUGGAAGGAUACCUGGUGCUUUUCUCUUAUCCACGGUUUGCAUUCAGUAUAUGGGUUGCGGUUAUAGUGGUUAUCGAGGUUUCUCGGUGCUUCGCUAGUUGUCUUGAUGCCGCAUUACAUCUGGCCCGGAGUCUGGUCUGGUCGCUUUUCCCUAGAUGUGAUUUCGGAGUGCUGGUUGACUUGGGAUAGUGUUCUGGUUAGCGGCUACUACGGGAGUCCGCGAGCUAUGUGUAUACUUCCUGUUUACUGCUUUUCCCAUAUGGUCCGGAUCUACGUUUCAUGUUUAUUGUUCUAUGUGCAUGGCUUCCUUGUUUUGUUUUCUUUAACGAAACACACCGCACGGGCGAAUUUCAGCUCCUUGUGUGUUCUCUCUCUCUAUUUUUUUAUUUUGUUUUGCUUUCACCAAGUGAUUUGGAGUGUUCGCCCUGAUGAUGGUCAAUCUGCUAUCCCACUGAGAUAGUUUUAACAUUACCUACGCUCUUUUCCCUCCGAACAAAUUCAUUCUUUACUUGCUGUUACCACCUUGUGCAUUGUCAAUUUACAAGGUGCGAAGGUAGGGUGCCACGGACCUUAACUGUAUGUCAUAUGGAUAUCCUCCACCAUGGCUCGCUAUGCACCCUUUUUGCUGUUAUAACGAUCAGAGCAUUUAUUAAAUAUAUUUGCCUAUUUUUAACUACCUAGGUAGUAUUUUCUGUAUGCAGAGAGGAUAAUAAUAGACAUCAUUG